AUGAGAGCCGUCUCACUCUUUCUCGGCCUUGCUGCCGUUGUAGCUGGCAACUCUCUACCAUCUGAAGGCGUCGAGGCCAGACACUCGUCCGGCUACUGGUACGAGAACAUUGAGCACAAUGGAAUCAGUCCUUUUAUCCCCGAUGGCAAGGACUGGACCGUCUUCCGCAACGUCAAGACGCACUUUGGUGCCAAGGGCGACGGCGUGACGGACGACUGGGCUGCUAUCCAAGCGGCCUUUGACUAUGCCAAUGCCACGGAUACUCGCAAUGCCAGCGUUUGGGGCACCACGGGCGCUCCAGCCGUUGUCUAUAUACCCGCCGGCACAUACCGUCUGAGCAAGCCUCUCCAGUCGUACAUUGACACCGUCGUCAUGGGAGAUCCCACCAACCGGCCGGUGCUCCAGGCCUCGCCAGACUUUUCCGACCCGUUCCUCUACCUUGGCUGGGACCCCAGACUGGAUCCUACCAUCAACUUCUACAUUGCCCUGAAGAAUGUCGUUUUGGACUCAACUAAAGUGGCGCCUACCCACAACAUCACGCUCCUCAACUGGGCCGUGAGCCAAGCUGUGCAGCUGACCAACGUGCUGUUCAACAUGCCCAACGGUGGCGUCGCCCACACGGGACUGUCGAUGCCUCAGGGCGGCUCUCCUCUGAUGAUCAACGAUGUUGUGUUCCAAGGUGGAUCUGUUGGCAUUCGCAUGAAUGAGCAGCAGUACCAUUUCAAGGGAAUUACUUUCAAGAACCAGGACAUUGGUCUGAAGCUCGACAAGCUCUUUGAGGGCACCGGCCAGGGCCUGCACUUUGAGUCCUGCAAAGUCGGCAUCGAGACGACCAAUAACAACACUGGAUUCUUUGCUCUUAUCGACUCGACUGCCAAGAACGUUGGCAUUCUGUGGAACGCUGCCGCCUCGCCCACAGCUCAAGGCUCUAUUGUGCUUGAGAAUGUCCAAGUUGACAGCACUACCGUCACCGCCGGAGGAAAGAAUGUCCUCAGGGGCUCCGUCAAGCCGGGCCAGUCCUGGAUUUGGGGCAACGUCUAUGAAUCUUCCGGCCAGCGCGCGCAGGGCAAAUUCUUCCCGGCAACUCGCCCUGCAGCGCUUGUUGAUUUCACUGGAGCCUACCACGUUGCUACUCCGCCGACUUUCCAGGAGUACAGCGUGAACCAGGUCAUCAAUGUGAAGAGUGUUCGCGGCCUGCCCGUUGCGGGUGAUGGCGUUACUGAUGACACCAAGAACCUUCAGAAGAUCAUCAACAGCGCUGCUGGUAGGAGUGUUUUGUACUUCCCUCACGGAACCUAUCUUGUUAGCGACACCCUUGUGAUUCCUCCUGGAAGCCGACUCCACGGAGAGGUUUGGUCUGAGAUCAGCGCUACUGGGUCCAAGUUCAAAAACGCCAAUCACCCCGUGCCAAUGGUCCAGGUCGGAUAUCCUGGCCAGGUUGGCGUCGCGCAAUUUGUCGACAUGCUCUUCACCGUUGCCGACAUCCUCCCCGGCUGCAAGCUCGUCGAGGUCAAUAUGGCCGGCCUCAAGGCUGGAGACGUGGGUUUCUUCAACUCCCACUUCCGCCUGGGAGGUGCUCGAGGCUCCAAGGUCCAGACCAACUGCGACGAUCCCGCAACUUGCAAGGCUGCGCGAGUUUGCGCCCAUCUCACGGCUCUGUCUUCCUCGUACUGGGAGAACAGCUGGUGUUGGAGUGCUGAUCACGAUCUUGAUGAUGACAACGGUGCUAACCCUUCCACUGCCGGUGGUUUCUUGGUGGAAUCCAUUCGAUCGACCUGGAUGCUGGGUAUCGGCAGCGAGCACAACUCCCUGUACCAAAUCAACAUCCACAAGGCGCAGAACGUCUUCCUGGGCUUCCAGCAGAGCGAGACGCCAUACUGGCAGGGCAACAACUCUGGUCUAUUGACGCCUCUUCCUUGGACCGGCUCUCUGUUGGACAGCGACCCAGACUUUAGCUGGUGCGCAGCCGACGAUGCUCAGUGCCGCAUGGCCAUUUUCCAGUACAUCCACGACUCUAGCAACGUCAAUGUAUACGGCGGCGGCUACUGGGUCUUCUUCAACGGCAUCAACCGCGACGGCUGCUCUGCAGAAUGCCAGCAGAACGCCGUCAUUUACACCGAUAACAAGAAGCUGUUUAGUUACGGUGUGAGCACGCAUAAUGUUAGGACCAUGGUGCUCGAGUCAACCGGAGGAAAGGACGUGGCUGAAGUGACGGAUACCGCAAACGCGGGAGGGUGGCAGAGCCAUGGUGGUGUCAUGGCUGCGUACUUGGGACAGAGCAGCUAUUAA